CAGUUUCUUUCGAUCGAGGUGAUGGCGGACGUGCAGAUGGGGGAGACGGAGACCUUCGCGUUCCAGGUGGAGAUCAACCAGUUGCUGAGUCUCAUCAUCAACACCUUCUACUCCAACAAGGAGAUCUUCCUGCGCGAGCUGAUUAGCAACGCCUCGGAUGCACUCGAUAAGAUCCGGUUCGAGGGUCUCACUGACAAGAGCAAGCUGGACGCCCAGCCGGAGCUCUUCAUCUGCCUCAUCCCUGACAAGGCAAACAAGACGCUUUCCAUCAUCGACAGCAGCACCGACAUGACCAAAGCUGAUCUGGUGAACAAUUUGGGCACUAUCGCACGGUCUGGCACCAAGGAGUUCAUGGAGGCACUCCAAGCCGGCGCGGAUGUGAGCAUGAUUGGUCAAUUUGGUGUCGGUUUCUACUCCGCCUACCUGGUUGCCGGGAAGGUUAUUGUGACUGAAAUUCUUGAUUGA